GGUCAUUUGACAUUUGUCAAUCAAGAUGAAGCUGCUCCUGGGUCUGUGUCUGUCUGCUCUCUUCUGCUCAGUGUACACGCUGAAGUGCCUCCAGUGUCUCCGUGGUUCAGGUCAGUGUAGCACCACAGAUUCGGUCGAGUGUGAUACAGGCUCAGUGUGUGCUACUCUGAGAACUAGUAUUGACGUGUCAGGGUUUUCUGUGGCUACUACCACAGUUGCACGUGAUUGCCUAGAACAAAGCCUCUGUUCUCUGCUAAGUGCAAAUUCUACAGGUGUAACUUACUCAACUAACAUUGGAGUGGCAACUUUUGUUGGUUUCCUUGCCUGCUGUAAUAAAGAUAAUUGCAAUGACAUCAACAUUCCUGAACCUGACAACAUCCUGAAUGGACUGAAAUGUGCCACCUGCAAAAAUAUAUUGGACACAGUCUGCAACACUACUGUGUCCUGUGUGGGAAACCAAAAUCGCUGUGUGAAUAACACCAUUCUAGAUCUGCCAGUUUUUGGUUCAGUGGUAAGCACGCCUGCAAAGGGAUGCAUCUCUAAAAGCUUCUGUGAUGCUACCGGAUUGGGAAGUGUCACUUGUUGCUCGGGAAACAUGUGUAAUGGGAGUGAAGACUGGCUCAGACUGGACCUCAGCCUUUUACUGAUUGCCUUAACUGCAACCAUGCUAUAUUAAUAGAUAUCUCUCCCUCUCUCUCUCUCUGUCUCUCUCUCUCUCUCUCUCUCUC